AGCCCAAAGCCCUAACCAGGAAUCAGAACCCUAAUGGGCAUUGGCAUUGGUGGUGGUGCUUCGCUCAUUUUCAGCUUCCUACAAAAACCCUACCAAAACCCCUUCUUCCUUGACUCAACAAUGAUUCUUCCUUCAUAGCUCUUCAAACAGCUAUUCUCAUACACACAUUUCUCCCUCUGAAACCAAGCAAAGGUAGCUCAGCGAAAAUGCCUCUCGGAGAAAGGCAAGGUGACAAGAGCGAGUCACGCUAUUGUGGCGUCGAAACGGACUUCAACGAUGACAUGCCUCACGUCCUCGCUUUCAAUCUCUCGUCCGGUGGCUUCGAUUUCGUUAUUGCCCCUCUGAUGGAUCCUGCUUAUCGGCCAAGUUUAGUUCAAAAGGGUAGUGCAGGGUCUGGUGUUCCACCAUUUGCUGGGUCAGACCUGGUCAUGAGUCCAUCCCAGUGGAGCAGUCAUGUUGUUGGAAAAAUUAGCUCGUGGAUAGAUUUGGAUUCAGAAGAUGAAACCAUUAGGAUGGAUUCUGAGACCACUCUUAAGCAAGAAAUAGCUUGGGCUUCUCAUCUCUCUUUACAAGCUUGCUUACUUCCAGCCCCAAAGGGAACAUCUUGUGGCAAUUAUGCUAGGUGUGUAAAUCAAAUUUUACAGGGCCUAAGCAAUAUGCAGUUGUGGCUUAGGAUUCCGUUGGUGAAGCCUGACGAUGACUCUGCCGAUGGAAAGAAUGAUACUUUGGUUGACUCCUGGGAGACCUGGAAUUCAUUUCGACUAUUAUGUGAGCAUCAUAGUCUAUUGUCAGUUGCACUGGAUAUUCUAGGUACUCUGCCUUCAGCAAAUUCACUGGGACGUUGGUUUGGGGAGUCUGUUAGAGCUGCUAUAAUAAAUACCGAGGCCUUUUUAACUAAUGCCCGUGGUUAUCCCUGUCUCUCAAAACGCCAUCAGAGAUUAGUUACUGGUUUUUUUAACCAUUCUAUACAGAUCAUCAUAUCUGGAAAAUCAGUUCACCCACAAGCAAAUGUAGCUGCAGAUGCUUCUCAGAAUCAUUCUGAUGAAGGUUUGCAAAGACAUGCCUUGCGGCCAUAUCUAGAUUAUGUUGGAUAUCUGUACCAAAAGAUGGACCCCCUGCCUGAGCAAGAACGUUUCGAGCUUGGUUACAGGGAUUUUUUACAGUCACCAUUGCAACCUCUGAUGGAUAAUUUAGAGGCUCAGACCUAUGAGACUUUUGAGAAAGACGCAAUGAAAUACAUCCAGUAUCAAAGAGCUGUAUCUAAAGCUUUGCUGGACAGGGUUCCUGAUGAAGAGGCAUUUACAAAAACUACAGUAUUGAUGGUUGUUGGCGCAGGGCGAGGGCCUCUUGUGCGUGCAUCAUUACAGGCUGCUGAGGAAACUGGGCGGAAGCUAAAAGUUUUUGCUGUCGAAAAGAAUCCAAAUGCAGUUGUCACUCUCCAUGCGUUAGUUAAGUUAGAGGGCUGGGAGGAUUCUGUUACCAUAGUUUCAAGUGACAUGCGCCACUGGAAUGCCCCUGAAAAAGCAGAUAUAUUGGUUAGCGAAUUGCUAGGUUCUUUUGGUGACAAUGAACUCUCACCUGAGUGCCUUGAUGGAGCUCAGCGCUUUCUGAAGGAAGAUGGCAUAUCAAUACCAUCUUCGUACACAAGUUUCCUACAACCAGUGACAGCCUCAAAGUUACAUAAUGAUAUUAAGGCACAUAAAGACCUUGUACAUUUUGAGACUGCUUAUGUUGUGAAAAUACACAAUGUAGCAAGACUGGCACCAACUCAACCAGUUUUUACCUUCACUCAUCCCAAACACUCUGAUAAAGAAAGCAAUCAGCGCUAUAAAAAGCUGCAGUUUGUGAUACCUAAUGACACUGGGUCAGCAAUGGUACAUGGAUUUGCUGGAUAUUUUGAUGCUACUCUUUACAAGGAUGUGCAUCUUGGAAUUGAACCUUCAACGGCAACUCCAAACAUGUUCAGUUGGUUUGCAAUAUUUUUCCCACUAAGGACCCCUAUUUGUUUGAGUCCGGGUUCAAACCUUGAUGUACAUUUUUGGCGUUGUUGUGGUCCAACAAAGGUUUGGUACGAGUGGAGUGUUACAUCCCCAACUAGUUCUCCAAUUCACAACACUAAUGGACGCUCAUAUUGGGUUGGCCUUUAGGGGCUUUAACCUAACCUGAAUAUAUACAUGCUUUUGUAGGUGAUUUGAUAUUUCAAGAUCUUAACUUCAAUCUCAAUACAAACUGUUUUUCAUUGGAUCUUAUUGGAUCUGUCCAUUUUCAUACAUAUUAGGAAAUUGUGUUGUACAAACAGAUAUCGAGUUUACCGAAAAAAAUAUAGAGAUUAUUCUCCUUAA